UCUCUUUAAUGCUGAAGUGCGAUCCUUCGGUACCGAAGACCGGCCCACAGACAGACCUGCUCCUCCGAGAGAAGAAAUCUAUGAAUACAUUAUUUUUCGAGGAAGUGACAUCAAAGACAUCACAGUCUGUGAACCUCCAAAAGCUCAACAUACUCUGCCACAAGAUCCUGCCAUUGUUCAAUCUUCACUGGGCUCUGCCUCUACAUCAUCCUUUCAGCCACAUGUGCCUUACAGCCCGUUUAGAGGUAUGCCACCUUACAACCAGCUUGCUGCCAGCUCUUUACUUAGCCAUCAGUAUGCCGCUUCCUUAGGUCUGGGUGCUGGCUUUCCUUCUGUUCACCCCGUCCGCAAAAGCCCCAUGGUAGAGCAGGCUGUCCAGACUGGCCCGGUUGACAACAUGAAUUCACAAAAGCCGCCCCCGGUCAAAGUGACUCCUGGGGUCCCGCGCAACGGACGGCAGGUUCCCCAGGGCAGCGGUAAGACAAGUGAUGCAGUUCAGGCAGCACCUGUGCAGACCCAAGGACAGGUGAAUGAUGAAAACAGACGACCUCAAAGGAGAAGGUCAGGAAACAGGAGGACCAGGAACCGUUCUAGAGGACAAACCAGACCAACUACUGUGAAAGAAAAUACAAUAAAGUUUGAAGGUGACUUUGACUUUGAAAGUGCAAACGCACAGUUCAACAGGGAGGAGCUUGAUAAAGAAUUCAAGAAGAAACUGAACUUUAAAGAUGACAAAGCAGAGACGGGGGAAGACAAAGGGGACCCUGGAGUGGCAACUCAGAACAAUGAUGGCAGUGCAGAGGAGGACCUUCUGGGACCCAACUGCUAUUAUGAUAAAUCCAAGUCCUUCUUUGACAACAUUUCUUCAGAACUGAAAUCUAGUUCCAGGCGCACCACGUGGGCUGAAGAAAGGAAGCUCAACACGGAGACGUUCGGAGUGUCUGGACGGUUCCUUCGCGGCCGCAGCUUUCGUGGUGGGUUUCGAGGCGGAAGGGGCAGCGGAGCAGCGAGGCGGAACCAAACCACUCACAGAGCCGGUACUGGCAGAGUGUAACUUCAGAGGUUCUGACAUCUCUCCCGAGAGGAUGAAACUGUAUAUAGAAAGAAAACAACCAACUGCUGCACUAAUGUGGGAAAAUGGUUCUUCUCGUUUACUGUCUCAGCUCAAGUGACAGAACUUCAUGUACUACUGCUUGUAUCCUGGACUUACUUUGGACCAGCAACCGUCAGCUGGAGUAUUCUUUGGAAGAGGGAAUGUGUUCAGGGGUACCUUCUUCAGGGUGUCUUUUUUGUUUGUGGUUUUUUUAAGUGCAGACUAACGUACAUGGUUCUUUCUGGGUCUCU